AUGGUUUAUGUAAAUUCGAAAGAGAUCCUUUCAUUUCAGCAUCUCAUGCAAAGCAAGUCUUCUACUUUGGAGAAAGUGAAACCUCACAUUGAUAUACAAGGGAAGGAAAGACCUAGAUGUGACUUGAGAGAAGGAGUUUGUUCUUCUAGAAUAGUUGAUGAGUGUUCUGAAUCUACACCUCGGGAAGGAAUUAUUCUCCAUUCUAUGAACAAGGAAAAGAAGAAGAAAAUAGGUCAAACAACAUUUCAAGUUAUUCUAACGGGAGAAAAAUAUCGCCAGAAAGUUGAGAGGAAUGAAUCUGGCCAACCUAUUGGUGAAGUCUCGGUAAGGUUUAGUACAACCCUUGGGAUUAUAGUAAGGGAGUGUGUGCUCAAAAAUCAAGCUUGGACUCUCUUGAUGGUUAUAUAA